AUGACCUACGCCGGCCAGCCCAAGGACGGCCGGGAAGCCGCACAGAGGCUGCGUGAUACUCUCAAAAGCGGUAAGCCCAUCAUCGGAUCGGGAGCCGGUAUCGGAUUGACGGCCAAAUUUGUGGAGAAGGGCGGUGCCGACUUGAUCAUCCUCUACAACUCGGGGCGCUACCGAAUGGCGGGUCGAGGCUCGUUGGCGGGUCUGAUGCCCUACGGCGAUGCAAAUGCGAUCGUGGUCGAGAUGGCGGCUGAAGUGCUGCCCGUCAUCGAGCACACGCCCGUCCUCGCUGGCGUGUGUGCUUCGGAUCCAUUCCGAUCGAUUCCCAAGUUCUUGCGUCAGCUCAAGGAGAUCGGCUUCGUGGGCGUUCAGAACUUCCCCACGGUCGGUCUCAUCGACGGCAACUUCCGACAGAAUCUCGAAGAGACGGGCAUGAGAUACGACAAGGAGGUCGAGCUCAUGCGCGAGGCCAAACAGCUCGGCCUGCUCACCACACCGUACGUUUUCAACACGCACGAGGCUGAGCAGAUGGCUACCGUCGGCGUCGACGUCUGCGUUGCCCACAUGGGCCUCACCACCAGCGGCAGCAUUGGUGCCAAAACAGCAAUGACCCUCGACAACGCCGUCAAGCUCACAGCCGAAAUCACGGCCAAAGUGCAUUCCAUCUCUCCCGACACCAUGGUCCUCGUGCAUGGCGGGCCCGUUGCCAGCGCCCAAGACGCUCAAUACGUACUCGACCGCGUGCCUGGCCUCGCCGGCUUCUACGGUGCCUCCAGCAUGGAGCGUCUCCCCGUCGAGACCGCCUUGGAAGAGAGCAUGCAGGGCUUCAAGAAUCUCAAAGUCGCCUCCAAGUGA